GUCUGCAAGCGCUGGAUUCAAACAGCAAUCAGAGAAAGCAGCAGAACCUUCAAGAGCAGAGGAAAGAGAAUAACACUAAAAGAAUAUAACUUUGCUUUGCCUCGGACAGGACUUAAGGCAACAGCUUGCUUAAACUUGUUUGUUUAGUUUCUAUAGAGCUUUAAAAAGCAAAAUGACGACCAACAAAGUUAUCAUCUUAUCUGUUGUCUUCUUGGGAUUUAUUGCCAUUGCUGAAGCCAUGAGUCUGAGAAGUUUGGGAGUGGAGCUGCAUUGCCGCUGCAUUCAGACAGAGAGCAAACGCAUCGGCCGCCACAUUCAGAAGAUUGAGAUGAUUGCUCCCAACUCUCACUGUGAAGAAACAGAGAUCAUUGCCACUCUGAAGACAGGCCAGGAGGUUUGCCUGGACCCAGAGGCUCCCUGGGUAAAGAAAGUCAUUCAGAAGAUCUUGUCAAGGAGAAAGAACUAAAGACAUGCACCGAAAAGCAUCUUACAUCGUUAAACCUUAAUAUAAUAACUCAUCGUCUUGUUCAUUUGUUGAAAAUGACAACAGUGUGAACACAAUUUGUUUGUAUCAAACAUGGAUUUUUAUUCUCUUCUUGUCUUUGUAUUUGUAUGAAUUUGUACAGUUGUUUUUAUGAGACUUUGCCCCGUUUUCACUUAAGAUAUAAGUUAUUUAUUUUUGCACUGCUUCUAUUUAUGACAUAAAUAUUUGAUGUAUGAAUUUAUGAAUGAAAUAAAAUGACAAUAAAUUUGAUCCAAAGUAAAAUGUG